AACCAAUUGGCCGGGAAUUAUUUAACGGCGGACGGAGAAAAGUCCGGGCGGCGGGUUGGGUUCGAUAUUUCCUAUAUAAACCCGCUACCACACCCUCUUUCUCUCAUAUUUGCAUCCUUCUUGUGUUCUCUCUCCAUCUCCUCUUCCUCUCUCUAGAUUCAAUGAGGUCCCGAGAGGUCUAAGGGUUGUUUGCUGUUCGUCUUCACUGUUGGCAUGUCAUGUGCAUUUUCUACUAAAAUUGAAGCCCAAAGUGUGUCAGUACUACCUGUUUGGAUAUCCUUUUCCAUUUGUAUGCAUUUAUAUAUGAGAUGGGUUCUCGAGGAAGACCACUAUUUGAUCUUAAUGAACCCCCUGCAGAAGAUGAAGAAGAGAAUGAUGGUGUCUUUAGCUUCCAGCCUCAGAAGGCACUUCCUUCCUUAAAUUCCCAUACUCCUGACUUGUUUUCUACAUCAUCAGGUCCUCAACGAAUCCUAAAUAACCAUGCUUUUACACAUGCAUCUUCCGUUUCGGGCUUUCAGCCUUUUGUUCGGCCUAAAGGAGCUAAUGUCUCUGAAGAGCCUGUUGAACAAAAGAGGGCUGGGAAUCAGAAUUCAAAGUUUGCCUCAUCAUCUAAUGCCGGUAAUGGCGAUGAAACAAAUGCAGGACUGCAGCUAGUUUCGAGUCCUGCAGAUGCUCAAGCUGUUGAAAGAGAAGAAGGGGAAUGGUCUGAUGAUGAAAGCUCAGCUAAUGUAUAUGGAAGCAGUAGUAUGCAAGAGCAGUCAGUUAGUGGAUCUGGUAAAGCUCAAGCAAUGUCUGAGCAGAUGGAUUACCAUGCUUCUAGUGUGGCUGCAGAGACACUUUCUUGUGAUAUAAAAGUUUUUGAAAGUACCAAGGAGGAAAAUAAUAGUCAUGCCUCUGUAACGUUGGAUCCAGACACACAUGAUCAGAGAAGUAACAGUAGCAGAAAUUCAGAAGGCAAUGGUAAAGGUGAUGUGGGUCCCAUGGAUGGUCAGGAAGAACCUGGUUUAGUACCAAAACUGAAAGAAGUUAAGGGAGUUGAAGCAAGCUUUGCUGUGAAAUGUGCAAAUAAUCCUGGAAAAAAGCAUAAGCUUGACCAACACAAAGAAGCGAUGCUUGGGAAAAAAAGAACCAGGCAGACUGUGUUUCUUAAUUUGGAAGAUGUCAAGCAAGCUGGCCCUAUGAAAACUUCCACUCCAAGAAGACAAAACUUUCCAGCACCUAUUACAACACGAAUUGUUAAAGAAAUUCGUUCUGUUCCUCCACCUGCUGAACGCAUUGGAGAAAAGCAGAAUCAUUCCAUGAUUAAAGAUCAGAAACAAGUGGAUUUAUCAUCUAAUGAAGGAGGAGGAGGAAAUCUUGUAGAAUCUAAUGAACCUAAAUCUGAAAGUAACAAUGAUAUGAAUUCUGGACUUCUAGGUAGACCUAGGAGGCUAAAUAGUGCUAAUGAUAUUUCUGCAGAGGUGCACCCACCAACAAUUCCAAGACAGAGUUCAUGGAAGCCCACAGAUUCAAGGCAAUUUAAGAAUUCACAGUUUUCUGGCAGGAAGCCAUCUAUGAUCAAUCAAAGUGAAUCAAAAUUGGUAAACAAAAAACAUCCUCCUGCCAAAAUGCAAACUACAGUGAGCUCACAAUAUCAAGAUACUUCAGUGGAACGCCUUAUACGGGAGGUGACAAAUGAAAAGUUUUGGCAUCACCCAGAGGAGACUGAGCUCCAAUGUGUUCCUGGUCGGUUUGAAUCUGUAGAAGAAUAUAUUAGAGUGUUUGAGCCUUUGCUUUUUGAGGAAUGCCGAGCACAACUCUAUAGCACCUGGGAGGAGUUAACUGAAACAGUUUCAAGAGAUCUACAUGCAAUGGUCCGGAUAAAAAGCAUUGAAAGGCGAGAAAGAGGAUGGUAUGAUGUGAUAGUCCUUCCAGCAAAUGAAUGCAAGUGGACAUUUAAAGAGGGUGAUGUUGCAAUUCUUUCGGCUCCCAGGCCUGGAUCAGUUAGAUCCAAGAGGAAUAACACAUCUUCAAUUGAAGAUGAUGAAGAGGCGGAGAUCAGUGGACGUGUGGCUGGUACUGUCAGACGACACAAUCCAAUUGACACUCGUGAUCCUGUGGGUGCAAUCCUCCAUUUUUAUGUUGGGGAUUCAUAUGAUCCUAACAGCAAGGUUGAUGAUCAUAUUCUAAGGAAACUUCAUCCCAAGGGUAUCUGGUAUUUAACAGUGCUUGGUUCUCUUGCAACCACCCAGCGGGAGUACAUUGCUCUUCAUGCAUUUCGUCGUCUCAAUUUACAGAUGCAAACUGCUAUCCUUCAUCCAAGUCCAGAACACUUCCCAAAAUAUGAAGAGCAGCCCCCUGCCAUGCCUGAAUGCUUCACACCGAACUUUGUUGAAUAUUUACACAAAACCUUCAAUGGUCCCCAGCUAGCAGCAAUUCAAUGGGCUGCCAUGCAUACGGCUGCUGGCACAAGUAGUGGGGUGACAAAGAGGCAAGACCCAUGGCCAUUUACUCUAGUUCAAGGGCCUCCAGGGACAGGCAAGACACACACAGUCUGGGGAAUGCUAAAUGUCAUCCAUCUUGUUCAGUAUCAGCACUACUACACUGCUCUGCUUAAGAAAGUAGCACCUGAAAGUUAUAAGCAAACUAAUGAGAGCACUUCUGACAAUGUCUCUAUGGGAUCCAUUGAUGAAGUUCUCCAGAGCAUGGAUCAAAACCUCUUCCGCACUCUUCCAAAACUUUGCCCAAAACCUAGAAUGCUUGUUUGUGCUCCCUCUAAUGCUGCAACUGAUGAGCUGCUGGCACGUGUUCUUGAUCGUGGAUUUAUUGAUGGUGAGAUGAAAGUUUAUCGUCCUGAUGUGGCCCGAGUUGGAGUUGAUUCACAAACACGGGCUGCUCAGGCAGUUUCUGUUGAGCGUAGAACUGAGCAGCUUUUGGUUAAGAACCGUGAUGAAAUUCUUGGAUGGAUGCACCAGUUAAAAGUUCGUGAUGCACAGUUGUUUCAGCAGAUGCUUUGUCUUCAAAGAGAGCUCAAUGCUGCAGCAGCUGCUGUUCGUUCGCAGGGGUCUGUUGGAGUUGACCCUGAUGUUCUUGUGGCUCGAGACCAAAACCGAGACACAUUGCUUCAAAACCUUGCAGCAGUGGUUGAAAGCAGGGAUAAGAUUCUGGUUGAAAUGAACCGCCUGGUCAUUUUAGAAAGCAGGUUCCGUUCUGGAAGCAAUUUCAAUUUGGAAGAAGCCCGUGCAAAUCUUGAAGCAAGUUUUGCCAAUGAGGCUGAGAUUGUUUUCACUACUGUCUCAAGUAGCGGCCGUAAAUUGUUUUCUAGGCUUACUCAUGGCUUUGAUAUGGUUGUUAUUGAUGAGGCCGCCCAAGCCAGUGAAGUAGCAGUUCUACCUCCCCUUUCUCUUGGUGCAGCACGUUGUGUUCUUGUUGGGGAUCCUCAGCAGCUGCCUGCAACAGUAAUCAGCAAAGCCGCUGGAACAUUGUUAUACAGUAGAAGCCUCUUUGAAAGGUUCCAGCAAGCAGGCUGCCCGACAAUGUUGUUAUCUGUGCAGUACAGGAUGCACCCUCAUAUUCGGGAUUUCCCAUCAAGGUACUUUUACCAAGGACGUCUUACUGACAGUGAAAGUGUUACUAAUUUACCUGAUGAGGCAUACUACAAGGAUCCUUUACUUAGACCUUAUGUGUUCUAUGAUAUUACACAUGGACGGGAGUCACACAGAGGUGGAUCUGUCUCCUAUCAGAACAUACAUGAAGCACAAAUAUGUCUCCGUUUGUAUGAGCAUCUCCAGAAAACUUUGAAGUCUUUGGGUAUGGGAAAAAUUUCUGUUGGCAUAAUCACACCAUACAAGCUGCAGCUGAAAUGCCUACAACGGGAAUUUGAUGAUGUUUUAAGUUCUGAAGAAGGGAAGGAUUUGUAUAUCAAUACUGUUGAUGCUUUCCAAGGGCAGGAACGUGAUGUCAUUAUUAUGUCCUGUGUCCGUGCCUCUAGUCACGGGGUGGGCUUUGUAGCUGAUAUACGCCGAAUGAAUGUUGCUCUCACUCGUGCAAGAAGGGCACUAUGGGUUAUGGGGAAUGCUAAUGCGCUGAUGCAGUCUGAUGACUGGGCAGCAUUGAUUUCUGAUGCCAGAGCCAGGAGUUGCUAUUUGGAUAUGGACUCUCUUCCCAAGGAGUUUCUUGUACCAAAGGGACCUACUUAUGGCCCAUUAUCAGGUAAGGUUUCCUCUAAUAUGAGGGGUUUGAGGUCUGCUGGGCCAAGACAUAGGCAGUUGGAUAUGCACGUGGAGUCCAAGUCAGGAACUCCGUCAGAAGAUGAUGAGAAGUCGAAUGCAUCAUUAAUUUCUAGGAAUGGGAAUUAUCGGCCCUUAAAGCCAACAAUGGAGAAUUCCUUGGAUGACUUUGAUCAGUCAGCUGAUAAAUCCCGGGAUGCUUGGCAGUAUGGCAUUCAAAAGAAGCAAAGUUCUGCUGGGGUUGUAGCAAAGAGAGAUUCAUAGCAGUUGGCUUUUGUUGUCUGCAAAUUCUCUUGGUGCCUUAGGGGAGCUUCAGGCAUAAUUUAUUUUUCUUUUAUGAUGCUUGCUCCCAGUGCCGAAAGCUCUUGAAGCAUUAGCUCCUUUUGCUGAUCUUGUGAAUGGAACACAGUUAAUUUGGAACAAGUUCCUGUUGGCUUAUGCAGGAUACUUUUCAUUAGUUGAAAAGAUCAGGGAAAAGAGGACCUGAAGAGACAGUGGCCAAGGUUGGUUGCUUUUACUGAAGAUAAAUUUUGGUUGGAUUGGUUCUGUAUGCAUUUGGGAAGGUUGUGCAGAACCAUGUGCCUAAUCCUCUAGCUUACAUGCUUCAAAAAGAAAAUUUUUUAUUAGAUCUCCUGACAUGGCAGUCUCCUGGCUUGACUUUUUAUACAUGGAUCUGCACCGGGUUUACUGCAUGUCCAAUUACAAAUAAUUAAAGGGUUCAAUGUGUGGGUUGACCAGUAUUCUGCCUGCUUGGAUAUGUGAGCUGCAACUUUUGCCCUGUGAGUACCCUCCUCAAUUCGACAUUGCGUUAAGGCUUUGAUUGAGUAGGAGUUGGUGAGAGCUUCCCAGUUAUGCCCCUGACAUUGUAGCUUCCCUCACACAUUAUAGCUGCUGACUCCUUGGAUCUUGAAAUGCUGAUAGACUUUGUUCAUGUAAAGCAAUUCACAUUUAAAAGAUGCAAUGUACAUUCUUGGGAUAUGCAGAGGCUUAGGUUGACAUCUGAAGGGAUAUUCAAAAUCUGGGAGGAUUAACUGAAUCUUAUUUCUUCCAGUUUUGGAAUGGGCCAUAAAAUGCCAAAUCUGUGACAAGUCGGUAUACUUACAGUCAACAUUCUGUAUAGAAAGGAAGGAGAGUACAGGAUCUAUAAAAGAAAAAUCUAAUACCAGAGGCAUUGGGGAUGUCAGACAACUUGUACAUACAUCGUCAGCUAUGGAAUGAAACAAUUCUUUCUGAUGCAUGAUCUCAUUCUUUUUUAUAUUUUGUAAUUUUAUUUUUACCCCUUUUUGCUGAAAGAUAACAAUCAUUGUGUUAGGCUUCCUUUCAAUUAUAUAGUUUAACAGUGUCAGUCACAUUUGAAUUUUAGUGUAUGUCAUCUUCUUGACAUUGAUUAUAUUCCAUUAUUCUCCAAUUUGAACCCUUUUAAUGCAAAGGUCAGCUUGAGCUUA